CUAUCACAAGAAAGAAGAAACGCAGCGAAAAUAGUAAAGCAGCAGCCAAAAGAAUCGUAAUUUUUUUUUCCGCUGAAAAGUCGCUUUUUUGCGGGACAUUCCUGGCUGGAAAAGUGGCCACUUGGGUGCGUGACCGCGAGCAGGUACGGUUUUGCGAACUUUACGGACGCUUUUGGAUGUGGACGCGGCAAGCUUGGCCAUGAUCAACCAGGUUACGGUGGAAGCGUUGCACUCGGCCAACUACGUGGAAAAUUAUCUGGACUCGGUGGAGAACCUGCCGGACGAUGUGCAGCGGCACCUGUCCCGCAUCCGGGAGAUUGACGUGCUGUACCGGAACCAUCUGCGUGACGUGAGCAUCUACUACGAGCAGUGGAACGGGGCGAACGGGACGGGAGCGGUGGUGAAUGGUGGUGGUGGUGGCGCCGGAAGUGACUCGUCGUCGACGGACCAGCUGAGUCAGGCGACGAAGCGUGCCAUCGUGCGGAUGCAGCAGGGCCUGAUUGCGGCCCAGGAGCUGGGGGAUGAAAAGUUGCAGAUUGUGCAGCACCUGCAGGAUCUGAUUGACCACAAGACGCGCACGCUGGACCAGGACUUUAAGAAUCUGGGCAGUGAUUUCUUCUCGCGGUUGGACUACGGUCGGGAGGAGAAGAUGUCGGUUGAGCAGCAGCAGCAGCAGCAGAAGGAGAUCCGGACGGCAAGUCCGGCUUGUUCUCCGAACAACAACAGCGCUAGUAACGUGAGCGCCAUUGCGUCUCCGUCGGCCGCGUUUGCGGCGUCGUCGUCCACCGGGAACGGUCCGAGUGGGGUGGGUUCGGGGGGAAAUGGUGGUGGUGAUAGCUCUUCCGUGGGUGGUGCUUCCGGAGGGUAUUCGUCGGGUGGGGGGAAUGCAAACGGGAACAAUGGGGGAGGAUCCGGCGGAAAUGGUUCCGGAGCGGCUGGGAGUGGAGUUGGAGGAGGAAGCGCGAGCAGUGGCAACGGGAAUGGUGGGACUGAGCGGGGAUCGAAGCGUGCCCGGCGAACGCGGAACGAACAGACCGGGGGAAGCGCGAACAACGGAUCGAGCACACCGAACUCCACUUCCGGCGCGAUGGAGGUUGACCCGAUCGACACGAGCAAUAUCAAGCAGGAGGACGUUGUGGGCCAGGCUGCGUCCGGUGGAAAUGGCGGCGGAGGAACUCCUGGGAGCGGUGGAGCGGGCGCUGGAAAGGCGACGAGUUCGGGAAGCGGUUCAGCAGCAGGAGGAAAUGGUGGUGGCGCUGGGGGAAGCGGAAGUGGCGCAGCUGGCAGCAGUGGACAGUCCACCGGUGGUGGUGCCGGAGGUCAGGGCAAAAGGGCGCAGCGGCGGCCGGUGGCAAAAGAAGAAGCGAAAGACCGGCGGGCGGGGACAGGCCCGGAAGCACGCGAGGACACUCCGCCACCCGAGGAAACCAUCGAUCCGGACGAGCCAACGUACUGUCUGUGUGAUCAGAUCUCCUUCGGCGAGAUGAUCCUCUGUGAUAACGAUCUGUGCCCGAUCGAGUGGUUCCACUUUAGCUGCGUGGCGCUCAUGUCCAAGCCGAAGGGCAAGUGGUUCUGUCCCAACUGCCGCGGCGACCGGCCCAACGUGAUGAAACCGAAGGCCCAGUUCCUGAAGGAGCUCGAGCGGUACAACAAGGAAAAGGAGGAGAAGACCUAAAGCUUCGGCUUCUUCAGCUACUGCUGCUGAUUUCUAGACUGUAAGACAGGACCGAAAAACUGUUUCAAGUUUUGCGCUAUUUCCCGCUCGACUGGUUCGUUUGAUCUUUUUUUUGUUCCCCAAAACCAAUUACAACGAACGGAGCAAUGGGGAGGGUGAGCGAUCUAGAACAUUAAUUUAAUCAUUUCAUUUUAUGUAUUUUAAAGUUUUUAUUGAAUUAACUUUGGCACUAAGGUUACACACUCAUCGCCGUACGGAAUCAUUGUUUUUUAGAGAGAGAGAAAGCUUAGUUAUUAAGCUUCCCUUUUUUGUACUGUUCAGUUCAGCAGGGUUCGUUUCCUCAAUUUCCAACGACGCAAGUCUUCGCCACUUAAUACACUGUGUAUUUAUGAUUUAAAACAAAAAGAGAGAACCUGUUUCAAACCUAACGAGUAAGACAAAUUUUAACAACGCGAAAAAAAGUACACACUUUUGGGAAAUACAAAUUAAAUCACACAAACAAAUUCGGAACCCGUAGAAAAAAUUAUAUUGUACUAAGCGCGCGAGAGUAAGAGAAAAAUAAAACCACAUGAUUUGACUAGAAU